UAAUUCAAAAUUCGUUUUCACCAACCUUUAGGUAUCUCCUAAGUUCUUAAAAGGCUCCCUAAAUUUAGGAACCCGAUUUUUCGUUCCUUAACUGUCUCCUAACACUAGAAGACAGUUUUAUGUCUGCUGUCAUCUUUUUCAAUACUAACAUUCAAAAGGUUUGAAAACGAUUUCUACAAUGGACGAUGAUUUAACUCUAUUUUUAGAAAGUUUGGAAGCAGUUGAGUCUUUACAGUUAGUUUCUAGUAAUUCUGUAUUUAGAAGGCCACGCUUGUAUCGUCAAAGAACUGAAGAUUUCGAAAAAUACGAUGACAAAGACUUUGUCUUUAGGUAUAGGCUAUCGAAAGAAACUGUGCUAUUUUUAUUAGAAAAAAUUGAACAUCUGCUAGAAUAUAAGGAUAAUAGAAAUCAGUCAGUGACACCUUUGACCCAGCUUUUAUGCACGCUAAGAUACUUUGCCACUGGGAAUUUUUUGUUAACUGUUGGAGAUUUGUGUGGAAUUAGUGUGGCUACUAGUAGUCGCAUCAUCAAAAGAGUUGCAAAUGCCAUAGUGACCUUACGAAAAGAAUUCAUACGGUUCCCAAACUCGCAAGAAGAGAUCUCCACAGUCAAAGGACAGUUUUACAAAAUAGCAAGAUUUCCUAACGUACUCGGUUGUAUUGAUUGUACGCAUGUGAAAAUUCAAUCACCUGGUGGUGAUGAUGCAGAGAUAUUUAGGAAUCGCAAGUCCUAUAUGUCUAUUAAUGUGCAGACUAUAAGUGAUGCCAACUUAUUAAUAACAGAUGUUGUUGCUCGCUGGCCAGGCUCAACACAUGACUCCACCAUAUACCAAAAUAGUCAAAGGCACCGUGUGUUUGAAAGUGGAGCUUACAAUGUUGCAUAUCUCUUAGGGGACAGUGGAUAUCCUUUGAAGAGUCAUCUUUUGACUCCAUACUUGAACCCUUCAACUCAUGGAGAAAGAAAGUAUAAUGAAGCUCACAUAAAAACAAGGAACACUGUUGAACGUCAGUAUGGUGUUUUAAAAAGAAGAUUCCCUGUUUUAGCUGUAGGUUUAAGGUUAAAACUGACAACUUCUGUGCACGUGAUAUUGGCCUGCUGUAUCUUGCACAAUAUAUGCAUUAUAAGAAAGGAACAAGAUCCUAUAAAUGAUGGCAGCAUUCCAAAUUUAGAAGAGUUGAUACAAAAUGGACAAAUUCCUCCUACUCAUAAUAUUGCAGCUGAUCAUAGUUAUGGAUUUCAGAGAAAUUAUAUGACACAAUAUUUUGGAAAUCUUACCAACAGAAAUUAAAAUAUAUGAUUAUUUAAAAAUCUUUUUUUACCCUGUAGAUGAAAAGUAAUGUUUUUGGAGUGAACGAGUGUUUGAGUAAAUUUUAAU